GGGAAUGAGUGAAUAGCACUAGAAGCGCAGUUUGUAAUGCGGAGUUGUGGGCUAUCCAUCAUCACAGCGAAGCACGCCUGCUCCCCUCGAAAAUCCAGAGCACUUCUCGUUUGCCCUCUUUCAUUCUUUCUUAUCGAAUUGAAAUUGUUGCAAUAAUGUCUGGUUCGGAGGACGAGGGAGGAGAAGAGUACCUGUUCAAGAUCGUCAUAAUCGGAGACUCCGCCGUCGGCAAAUCCAACUUGCUCUCUCGUUAUGCUCGCAACGAGUUCAACAUGCACUCAAAGGCCACCAUAGGCGUUGAGUUCCAGACUCAGUGCUUGGAAAUCGAUUCCAAGGAAGUCAAGGCUCAGAUUUGGGACACCGCCGGCCAAGAACGCUUCCGUGCCGUCACCUCUGCCUACUACCGCGGCGCUGUCGGUGCUCUCAUUGUCUAUGACAUCAGCCGCCGCACCACCUUCGACAGCGUCGGUCGCUGGCUUGACGAGCUUAAAACUCAUUGCGAUACGACUGUGGCGAUGAUGCUCGUGGGGAACAAAUGUGAUUUGGAGAAUAUAAGAGCGGUGAGCGUUGAGGAAGGCAAAAGCCUGGCUGAAGCAGAAGGGUUGUUUUUCAUGGAAACCUCUGCCUUAGAUUCCACAAACGUGAAGACGGCUUUUGAGAUGGUUAUUCGAGAGAUAUACAACAACGUCAGCAGGAAGGUCCUCAACUCCGAAACGUACAAGGCGGAGUUGUCUGUCAACAGGGUCAGCCUCGUCAACAAUGGGGCCGCCACAUCUAAGCAAAGCCAAAGCUAUUUUUCUUGCUGUUCAAGAUGACCUUUUUCUACAUUCAAUUUGGUUUUCGUUGCUUGAUUAAUUAAAUGAGUGGCUUGGCUGGCUAUGAUUUGGUCUUCUUCCGUUACAACUACAAGACAUAUAUAUAGUAACCAAAAUGUUAUCAUCAAUUUUAAGAAAACGAACGGGUAUAAUUGUAUAAUUGGGGUACAAAGAGCUUGUAAUUGCAUUGCAGCAAAUCAAAGUGGACAUCAAUUCUUGUCAAAUGUCAAUUUCAUUUCGUGGCUUGAUUGUUAUUUUCCUACUACUUUUCAUUUUGGGGCUCCUCUUGCUCUCUCCUUUCCAGUUUCCACCAUUUUCGCUCCCGAGAAUCGUUCCCUUGUUUCUUG